AUGAAUGUAACAUCGAAUAAUUCAUUCGAAACGGUUGUUCAGGAUUAUUUUUAUGAAGGAAUGAAUAAAACUGAGACGGUGCAUAAUGAUCAGGGUUUUGUUGUUGGUAUAUAUAGCGCGUUGUUUAUUAUUGGGGCUGCUGGGAAUGUGUGUGUGUUUGUGUCCCUCGUGAGAUCAAGAAGACGAAAGUCAAGGGUCAACCUUCUAAUGACCCAUCUUGCUGUCGCUGAUCUGAUAGUUACCUUCAUCGUUAUCCCUUUUGAGAUUGGAUGGCGAACUACGAAUGCCUGGCUCGCUGGUAAUUUGGCUUGCAAAUUUUUUUUAGUGUUGCGAGCUUUUGGUCUUUAUCUUUCUUCAAACGUGCUGGUGUGCAUAUCUUUGGAUAGAUAUUUCGCAGUGCUUUAUCCACUUCGUUUGGCAGUGGCGAGAAACCGAAGUAAAACUAUGCUUUGGGUUGCAUGGCUCGGGGCUUUUAUAUGUAGCUUCCCACAGAGUUUAGUUUUCCGUGUAAUGGAACAUCCAACUGUGCCAGAGUUUCAGCAAUGCGUUUCUUUCGAGGCCUUCUCCAACCGACACCAGGAGUUGGCAUACAACUUGACCUGUCUCGUCGUUAUGUAUUUUGCACCCCUCGCUAUCAUCACCGUUAGUUAUAUAUGCAUCUUCUUCGAGAUUCAUACAAAUUCAAAAGAAGUCACCAGUAAACCUCCAACUACGGAAACGGGUCGUAUUCAAUUACGUCGUUCCGACCAGAGGCCUCUUGCUCGAGCUAGACGAAGGACACUUCGUAUGACUGUCACCAUAGUCAGCGUGUUUGCAUGUUGCUGGUUGCCGUAUGCUACUAUGACGCUAUGGUAUAUGUUCGACCGUGAAUCAGCCAUGCAUGUUUCAAGCAAAGUCCAGGAUCUGUUCUUUAUCAUGGCCGUCUCCAAUUCUUGCAUGGAUCCACUGGUGUACGGCUCUUAUACAUUAGAUAUCAAUAUUAUCAAUGGCAAACUGAGAAAGGUGUUUUGCUCUGACGCUCCUUCUAAAACUAACGGCAUAUUGUUGCCAUCUGCUCUUGCUAAGGGUAGUAUUGAAGAUAACAAAGCAGGAUCAGAUUUCUUUGGCGCCUACAAACUCGUUUAUGUAUGGCCCAAAGUAGAUAAAACUGUGAAGAAUUGCAUAGAAGUUGUAUUCUCUGAGGCCGUGGAUUUAUUAGACGAUCCGUUUACUUGUGAAUGUGAAAGAAAAUCACCGAAUCUUGCAUUUCUGCAUCAGAAGGUUCAUGAUUUUAGCACAGUCGUGCUCGCUGAUAUUGUCAAAAAUCCAGAAGAACUUUCUAGAGCUCUGAAUGACACGUGCCACUGUCAGCCGUUGGAUAAAAAGCGAAAUAUAUUUAUGAAGGUGAAUGAUAAUUACUUCUUGUAUUACGACCUUGAAUCCAAUGAAAUGAGGACUUACUUGUUCAGUAAAGCAAUGCCGAAAGAAGCAGAACUUAAGAAAAUUAUAGGAAAUUUUAGAGAUUUAAAAGACAAAGAAAGCAUGCCAGUAUGUAAAGCUGACUUUAAAUUGAUGAUGUGA